AUAUCACCCGUUAAAUUUUACAUUUAAGUUGACGUCGGUGUGGAUUGAAGUUUCAUUUUCAGAAACAUUGUGCAGCUUACAGGUUAUACUGUGUGGGCCAGACAAAGUUUCACAAUGCGAUUUGGAUUCGUGUUACUUUUGCAAGUUUUACCCUUGCUGGUACAGAGCCGCUUCUCCAACUUUGAAGCUGUUCCGGCGCCUCAACAUGAGCCUAUAAAAUUGAUGGAUGCUAUUUCGGAAGAUGGAAGUGUUGUUUACAGUGACGAUACUUCGCGAAUGACCAGUGUUAAGGACAACAACUUCAAAGCCUGUUUCAUCACCGAUUUUGAUCCGGAAUGGAAUUUGGAUAUAAACGAGAAACAGGAAGUGGUGAACACCCACGAACCCGAAAUUGUCAGGAGUCCUCUUCAGUACGAACACCUGAAGGUACGAACAGGUGACAUGAUUGCGAUGAUGUGCAAGAAGUCAAAGAUAUACUGGUUGACGGAGACGCAUUCCCAGCCCCUUCAAUCGUAUUCCAGCAGAGCGGCAGUGAGUGGCGAGGCUGCCAUGCCACCACCGGUAUACCACCCUCUCGUGCCAGUCCAUAGAGCACCACAUGCGCAGCUACAGGCACCUCAGCACAUGCCACGGCCCGCUCAUGUCGCACAUGUGCAACAACAUGCCCCGGCUCAUAUUGGAGUCCCCCAACACGUCCCAGCUCACAUGGGAGUCCCUCAACAUGCAUCAGCUCAUAUGGGAGUCCCCCAACAUGCACCAGCUCAUAUGGGAGUCCCCCAACAUGCACCAGCACAUAUGGGAGUCCCCCAACAUGCACCAGCUCAAAUGCAGUCACAACGUGAUCCGUCUCCACAAAUGGUCCCUGCACAUGUGCAAGCUCAUGCGGCUUUCACGGCUCCUGGUCGUGCUCCGGUACUUGCACCUCAUCAUGCACCGGAACACAUCCCUGCACAUGCCGCGUUUCACGCACCUGCACAUGUUGUAGUUCCAGCUCACAAGCCACAGGUGAUGCUCGUCCCAAGGCACCUUCCGUUCAUCAGACCACCCAUGUCUGUGGCAGCCCAAGUUCCGGGCAAACGUCAUAGCUCACAGCAAAGUCAUGACCGCCCUAUGGCUGUACCACAGAAACUGAGUAUGGCUCGCCCUCACGUGCAGCCCCAUCAUUAAUGGGUUGAGUUAAUAACUGACGACGGUGGAUCCCCUAAUAAAUAACACACGUAACGUUUUGUGUCAAACUAGGGGAAAUUACUUUAUUCUUAUAUACACUUUUUUGUCGAACGGCGCAUUUAUUUUUCGUUUUCGAUCCUCGUUUGUUUGUUAAUUCACCGAAAUGAUAAAACGGCACAGGAAGUAUUAAGACAUUUAUUAUCUAAAAUCAAUCCUUUAUUUUCAAAAACUGCAGCACAGUAUUCAAUCAUCUGACAUAGAGCGAGCAAGUAGCUACUUCGAUGAGAACUUCUUAUUUCUUACUUAUUUAUCACACAUUCUAUUAUUACUUUGUUAAAUGAUAACAAUUCC